GACCGGGGCUGCCGGGCGAUGAGCAGCUUGCUAUUUCUAUGCGGGUGCACUGUCCGCACAGGGGCUUCAAUGGCUUCCAUUCCCGGCUUGGCAGGGACUAUGCAUGCAAGAGGUAGCUGCGGACGUCAGCCUCAAAGGUUUGGUUCUCCGAACGACACUCAUCGCCCGCCAUCGCCAGUCGCUUUUAUUCUUCUUCUGUUCAUGUCGUUUAUACCUUGAUACACACUCGUAAUGGCUCUACUUCGACGCUACGGCACCUACCUGGUGCUCUCCGCGGCCUUCGUGUUCUUCCUCUACCAGCUAAGCUUCCCCUAUGAGCCUGGACAGGGCCCGCCCAGCGAGGGUGCCGUGAAGCCUGAGUACAAGGACCACAAGUCCUACGAAUGGGCCAAGAUUCCUAUGCACCAUCCCAUCAGGGACAUGCUGCCGCUGCCCAACGCUGCCCCAAAGGCACUGCCGCGCGUACAGCACGACUUCCAAGGCGAGCCGGCCACCACCAAGCAGAUCCGCGAAUCGAGACAAGCAGAGGUCAAGAAGCAGUUCAUGAAAUGCUGGAAUAACUACCGCGGCAAGGCCUGGAUGCACGACGAAAUGACCCCAAUCGCUGGCGGGUACACCGACGACUUCGGAGGAUGGGCUGCUACACUCGUUGACAGCUUGGACACACUGUGGAUCAUGGGCGAGCGAGAGCAAUUCAUCUCUGCAAUCAAAGAUGUCGAGGCCAUCGACUUUGGCUACACCAACAUGGAGAAGGUCAACAUGUUCGAGACCAACAUCCGGCACCUGGGCGGGUUGCUUUCAGCCUGGGAACUCAGCCGUGAAGACCGCAUUCUUAACAAGGCGAAGGAGCUCGGCGAGAUGCUAUAUCAUGCAUUCGAUACACGCAACAACAUGCCUCUCACGCGUUGGGACUUCCACAAAGCAGGCCAGGGCGAGGAACAGGACGCCGAGGAAAACGUGCUCAUUGCUGAGUUGGGCUCAUUCACAAUGGAAUUUGUUCGCCUCUCCCAGGCAACAGGCGACCCGAAGUGGUUCGACGCUGCGACGCGCGUCGUCAAGGUUCUCGAGAAGGACCAGAUGAAGACGAGGCUCCCUGGCAUGUGGCCCAUUGUCGUAAACCCAAGGAGGACCGAUCUCACUCAAGAUACCGGCUUUUCGCUUGGUUCCAUGGCAGAUUCGGCUUACGAAUACCUGCUGAAAACUUAUGCUCUGCUUGGCGGCGUUGACGACACAUACAAGAGCAUGUAUGAGAAAGCGAUGGACGCUGCCGUCAAAUACACUCUCUACCGGCCCAUGGUGCCUGGCGACCCCGACAUGCUCGGUACCGGCUUUGUCCGCUCCGAAGAAGGCAAAGCAUAUCUGAACCCCGAGUUCCAGCACCUGUCUUGCUACGCAGGCGGCAUGUUUGCUUUGGGAGGAAAGUUUCUCGAAAAGAGCGAUCACAUUUCGAUUGGCCGCAAGCUCACAGAUACGUGUGUAUGGGCCUACAAGUCCUCUCCCGCUGGUAUCAUGCCUGAGACGUCGCAUCUCUACAAGUGUGAGAAUAUGACCGACUGCAAGUGGGAUGAACAGAAGUGGAAAGACGAUGUAGCCUCCCGCGCAAAUCUAAACACCGAGAAAGACACGACACAGAACAUCGCCGGUCUUCGCUUGCCAAUGGGAUUUACCGCGAUUGGUGACAGGCGUUAUGUGCUACGCCCCGAAGCAAUCGAGAGUGUGUUCGUCAUGUACCGCCUUACCGGCGAGCAAAGCUGGCAAGCUGCAGGAUGGGACAUGUGGACUGCGAUUAUGAAGGCCACGGACACCGAUAUUGGCAAUUCAGCGCUUCAGGAUGUGUCGGCUGAAUCACCGCCUAGGGCGGACUCUAUGGAGUCUUUCUGGAUGGCCGAAACGCUCAAGUACUUUUACCUUCUCUUUUCUGAUCCUGACACUAUUUCUCUGGAUGACUACGUCUUCAACACCGAAGCACAUCCAUUCCGGAUUCCCAAACCAGAGGGCCAGUAGAACUUCGCCGCUUCUGGUGGUACACUGGCUGCUCGCAAGCUGGACGAUGAAGACGAUAAGAGCACAGAAGGGAGGAGGAAGCCAGAAGACAUUGCCUACUGGAAUCGUGUACUGCUAGUAGUGGUGGGCGGAUCUGUGGCCUUGGCGAUUGUCUGUGGCCUCGUCAUGCAUGGACUUAUGUAUGAAGGUGACCGCGAGAUGUUCGGACCCAUGUGGCGAA